GGGUUGAAUGUUUUGAAUAAGCUCUUACGGAGCACGCCACCACAGAAACUCCUCCUGUGGGAGGGGUCUUAACUGCCAGCGCCACACUUAAACUGCUGCACGUUUCAAAGAGCGCCAGAAAGCAGACCGACAUUCGAACGAUUUCUGACUGUCCACAGUUCAUCAUGGCCGAUUACGAAGUAGUUUUUGACUUCAGUGAUGAAAAUACCUCUGGAUCAGGGGAAUAUGAGUACUAUUUCCCUGAACCCUGCGUCCAUAGGCGCAGAAGUGAUUUUCAAAGGAUCUUCCUACCGACGGUGUUUGGAAUAAUCUUUGUUUUGGGAGUCGUGGGCAACGUACUGGUGGUAGCUGUGAUGGGCUACCAGAAAAAGUCAAAAAACAUGACCGACAAAUACAGGCUGCACCUUUCCGUGGCUGACCUCCUCUUCGUGCUCACGCUGCCCUUCUGGGCUGUGGAUGCAGCCACCAGCUGGUACUUUGGACAUUUCCUGUGUGUUGCUGUGCACAUGAUCUACACAGUCAACCUGUACAGCAGCGUGCUCAUUCUGGCCUUCAUCAGCUUAGAUAGAUACUUAGCUGUGGUGCGUGCAACCAACAGCCAGGCUCCCCGUAGGCUCCUGGCAGAGAGGAUAAUCUAUGUUGGAGUGUGGCUGCCCGCUGUUCUCCUCACUGUGCCAGACCUGAUGUUCGCCAACGCGAGCGAUGGAAGGAGCUGCCAGCGUAUCUACCCAGACGGAUCUAAAUCCAUCUGGAGAGCCAUUUUCCAAUUCCAGCACAUCUUUGUGGGCUUCGUGAUCCCCGGUCUAAUCAUUCUCACAUGCUACUGCAUCAUAAUCAGCAAGCUGUCCCAGGGCUCCAAAGGCCAGCUAAAGCGCAGAGCUCUGAAGACCACGGUCAUUCUCAUUAUCUGUUUCUUCAGCUGCUGGCUGCCCUACUGCGCUGGCAUCUUCGUGGACACCCUGAUGCUUCUGAAUGUCAUUAGUCAUAACUGCACCCUGGAGGAGAGUCUACUAACAUGGAUCUCCAUUACAGAAGCGCUGGCCUACUUCCACUGCUGCCUCAACCCAAUUCUCUACGCUUUCCUGGGGGUGAAGUUCAAGAAGUCGGCCCGGAGUGCACUCGGUAACAGCCAGGGUUCCAGUCUGAAAAUUCUGGCUAAGAAGAAAGCCUCUUCUGUCUCCACGGAGUCAGAGUCUUCCAGCUUCCAAUCGAGCUAACAGACGAUGGCCGUCUCAAUUCCAUUCCGACUUUAUAAUGAAAAAAGAGACUGAAUAUAAUCUGAACUGUAAAUAAUUUGUAUAUAUGUUUUUACUUUUUUAAAAGGAUUUUUUAUUCUCAGAUUUGUUAAUUUAAGCUUUCUAUCCAUUUAAGUGUUUUGAAGAAAUGUUGGAAUCAGGCGGUGCCUGCAGAUUACGGACUGUCAGCAUCUGAUGUAAAAAUGUAUUUUUAAAGUUCAAGCCCUCUGAAAAGUUUGCCAGGAUAUAUAACGAACAGCAAAAUUAGAACAUGUUGUACAAGUAUAGAGCAAGGAGCAGUAUGUAGAAUUAGCUUUCUGCAGGCUUUUGCGGGGUUAGGUA